AUGCGGAUACCGCAAGGAAUCUUGCUCUUCAGUCUCUUCGGUCUCGGACAUUCUCAUUUCGUCCUCCAAAAGCCAACUAGUCUCGGAUUCGACGACGAUGCGGAGAGCACUGGCCCAUGCGGCGGGUUCACUGCGACGGACCGAAGCAAAGGUGUCACAGACUGGCCCAUUGCUGGCUCGUCUAUUGAGAUACUCACUACGCACACCACAGCAACAUGGAAUUUCAAGGCCGCCCUCGUCAGCAACACAAGUAACUGGGUGCCACUGACUCCCCCUCUCAUCCAAACGGCUGGCGUGGGCACGCUCUGCGAGCCGCAGAUUCCUGGACUGAAGGGCUGGGUUGGAAAGCCGGCCGUGCUGCAAGUCAGCCAGAGCGGCCACGACGGGAACCUGUACCAGUGUGCCGCAAUCCAAUUUGUGACAGGCGGGUUAGCAACACCAGGGUCAUCGUGCACCAAUUCAACUGGGAUUGCUGUUAAAUGGUAG